AUGGCCUCAAAGAGCUCAGCAUCCCUUGUGCUCUUCCUCUCCCUCAACCUUCUCUUCUUUGUUUUUGUCUCAGCCAACCAUUACAAACCAUGCCCAUGCAACCCUAGCCCUACCCCAAAGCCAAAGCCAAAGCCCCCGCCCACACCUUCUCCCACCACGCCCACACCUUCUCCCACCACGCCCACACCUUCUCCCACCCCAUCGACCGGCGGUAAGUGCCCUAGGGACGCACUCAAGCUUGGCGUAUGUGCCAACUUGCUAGGGUUGGCCAACAUCGUUGUGGGCUCCCCAGCUACCCUCCCUUGUUGCUCUCUCCUCCAAGGCCUGGUCGAUCUCGACGUAGCACUGUGCCUGUGCACCGCCAUUAAGGCCAACAUCUUGGGAAUAAAUCUCGACGUCGCCGUCACCCUUAGCUUGCUGGUGAAUGCAUGUGGGUAUAAGGUCCCAUCAGGGUUCAAAUGCACCUAAGAGCUCUAAUCACCAUCGGUUUCGGUCUUUUUUCCUGUCUUUGGGUUUUGUUUGGUGUAAGUGAAUAAGCCUUCAUUGGUGCCGUAGGAUUUAUGUUGUUUUCUUUGCAUGUAUCGUCAUCAUGUCUUUCUUUAGCUUCUUCUUGCACUGUGAAUACAGUUGUUAAAUGUAGUUGUGAAUGAGAGAGGGAGCAUUUGGAGCCAUGAAAGUACAAUGGCUUUGUAUUUUCCAUCAUAAGGAUGGCGAUGUUAAAUAAAGCUUCGUUUAUGAUCGAA